AUCGAUAUUUAUUUAACAUCCACAAGAAAAACAGUGCAAAUUGUUAACAAUUUUUUAAUUAAUUAAUUGCAAACGCAGUGCCGUUUCAAUUGCCCAAACAGUACGAGAAUCAUGUUGGUCAACGAAGCUAGACAAGUAUUGAGCCGUGCCAGUUCCCUGGUGGCACGUCACCAGCUGCGCGCCAUCAGCAAUGGCACUGCCCAGUUGGAUCAGCAGGCCCAGCCCAAGGAGGCCAAGGAGCCGCAGAUCAAGAAGUUCGAGAUCUACCGCUGGAGUCCGGACAAUGCUGGCGAGAAGCCGCACAUGCAGACCUACGAGGUGGACCUGCGCGAAUGCGGCCCCAUGGUGCUGGAUGCCCUCAUCAAGAUCAAGAACGAGAUGGAUCCGACUCUGACCUUCCGUCGCUCGUGCCGCGAAGGAAUUUGCGGCUCCUGCGCCAUGAAUAUUGGCGGCACCAACACGUUGGCUUGCAUUAGCAAGAUCGAUACCAACACCUCCAAGUCGCUGAAGGUGUAUCCCUUGCCGCACAUGUAUGUGGUGCGCGAUCUGGUGCCGGACAUGAACAACUUCUACGAGCAGUACAGGAAUAUUCAGCCCUGGCUGCAGCGCAAAAACGAGGCUGGCGAGAAGAAGGGUCGGGCCCAGUACUUGCAAUCAGUGGAGGAUCGCUCCAAGCUGGAUGGUCUGUACGAGUGCAUUCUGUGCGCCUGCUGCUCAACCUCUUGCCCAUCGUACUGGUGGAAUGCGGAGAAGUAUCUGGGCCCCGCUGUCCUCAUGCAGGCCUACCGGUGGAUCAUCGAUUCGCGUGACGAGAACUCUGCCGAGCGUCUGAGCAAGCUAAAGGAUCCCUUCAGUGUCUAUCGUUGUCACACGAUCAUGAACUGCACCCGCACCUGUCCCAAGGGCCUGAAUCCGGGCCGUGCUAUUGCCGAGAUCAAGAAGCUGCUUGCCGGUUUCGCUUCGAAGCCAGCUCCCAAGCUGGAGACAGCGGCUCUGCACAAGUAAAGCCAAGUUUCUUCAUCUUUUUUGUUCGUGCUUUCCCCCGAAACCCAAGCCAGUAGGCAACGCGUUGCUAAAUUGUAAAAACAAUUUGACAGAUCCAGUGCAGUGCAAAAUCCUCCAACCGAUUUGCUUACAAUGUUUUAAUUUAUUUAAGCUUACAGUAAACAAAAUAUAUUAUUACAGUUUUAAAGGGAACGUGUGUAACGCAAAAAUAAAUAGUUAAUUGUGUAUCCACUAA